AUGCUGCUAACACUUCCAACUGAAAUCAUCAUCUAUAUCAUCCGCGCGCUGGACCGUGAUACCCAAACCCUCCGGAACGUUGCCCUCGUCUGCCGCGCUCUCCUCCCAAUUGUGCGCGAGGAGCUCUUCGCGAUCACUAGCGAACGCGUGCUCGAGCAUCCCUACAUGCGUCCCCAUUUCGGCCAUAUCAUCGAGCUCGUGAUUGGUGGCGGGCCCGUAUUAUCGCUUCGCCGACACCUUGACUCUCACGCCGCUUCCUGUCUGCAAUCCCAGCCGUUACCAAAGCUCAAGGCCAUCCGAUUCGUUACUGCACACCCCGUAUUCUACUUCAGGCUUCCUCCGGAGCUGUACACGGCUCUCGAAUCCUUCACGGCGGUCACGGACCUCACUCUUUGCUGGGCUUCGUUCCACAACUUGUCGCAUGCGCAAUCUCUGAUAUGCGCGCUACCAAAUCUGAAGUGUCUCUCUAUGAAGGACGUCAAGUUCUUCGAAGGAGGCCCCGGCUCCCAAAGCCCUUUUCUCUUCAGCAUCAUCAGCCAUCCCUGUACCGCGGCCUCUAUCAGACCUCGCUUGACUCGACUGUCGGUAGCCCCGCCACCUCGAAGCAGCGGGUCGGCCGAGAUCGUGGCCUGGCUAGGUCAGGGUCCUUGCGCCGAGUCGCUCCGUACCCUCGUCGUUCCCUAUCAGUCUUUCUCCGCAGAUGCUGUACUCGGGAACUUCGGCAGCACAGUCGAGCAUCUCCAGAUGCCGCUGCGCGAGCUAGACAGCACCAUCUAUAGCGGCUACCUAGAUGACUACACCAACUUGCGCACGCUAACGGUGUUCCUUGAGGCGUACAGCACGUGCGAGGGCCCGUGGUACCUCCUCGCACCCUUCCUCGAACGCGGCAUCUCAGCGGAGCACCUCCAUACUAUCACUAUCGACGUGCGCAUCGAGUAUCCGAUGGACCUGUGGUCAGCGAUCGACUGGGCCGCGCUUGAUCGCGUAAACGACGAGCUAGACGAGGCAAAGUUCGAGGGUUUGCGUAAACUCGUGUUCAUCCUGCAAUGGAGGGAGGGACUGGAAUGGAAACCUGCGGAAGGGGAAAGGGAUUUGGUCAGGCAGCAGAUCGAACAACGGCUAUACAACCUCGUCGAUGCGGGAAAGCUGGAAGCGAGAGUGCAAGUGGUUGGAGAGGUAGUGUGGCACGUUCAUCCGUGA